AUGAUAAUUUAGAUUGCUCUGAUUCUCUUGACUUUAUACUUUAUUUACGAUAGAGUUUUUCUUGUUUACUAUAACUAUUGGUACUAUCAAAAAUAAGGAUUUAAGCCAACUGGGCUACCUUGGCCGUUCUUAGGAGAUAUACUUACUUUUCUUAAAGUUCUUAAGAAGCAAGAUGAAUAUUGGGAAGAUACUCACUAUGAAUAUCUGAGACACGUAUUUAAUGAUGAUAUCCCUCAAUAUGUUAUUGAUUUCAGAUUUCCAAAAGGAAUACUUGUAAUAACGGAUCCUGACUUUGUAUUUGAAUCCUAUACUACAAAGAAUAAAUACUUUGAAAAAAUCCCCAGAUCCUAUAACAUGAGUAAAAAGAUUUUGGGAGAAUCAGUCUUAUUUGCUCCAGCUGAUGAAAUAUAUACACUCAAAAGAAAGCAUCUGUCUUCAGCAUUUUACAAGGAUAAAAUGCAAUCAUAGUUAAAUCAAAUCAUGAGUACAACCUUUGACAUGGUUCAAGAAACUAUCCAACAGAUUAAUCAGGGAGAAGUUGAACUUGACUUGAAUCAAUAUAUUGGAAAGCUUAUCCUCAAGUCUAUUUAGAUUUGUAUCUUUGGACUUAAUGAGUAGCUUGAACUGCUCCCAUUCAAGUAGAAUGGAAAAAUUGAUCAUCUGAGUUAAGGGGUUUUCAUGAACAGGCUUUCUGCUGGACUAUUAGAAAGAUCUAAUAACAUCUUCAGGAUUAACUUUGAAUUCCUUGACAGCUAUUUUGUUGGGAGAGUUGAGAAGGAAUUGGAAGAGAAUACCAUGACUUUGAGAAGAUUCAUAUCUGAUAUGAUAAAUUUGAGAAGAGAAAAAAAUAAGGCUCUAAAGCCUGAAGAAAUUCACCACGACUUUUUAAACUUGCUCUUACAAGAUGAUCUUUUUAAAGAUAAUGAAAGCUUAAUGGUCGAUGAGUGCUGUACAUUCAUGUUAGCAGCAACUUAGACCACCUCAACAGCACUUUCAAAUCUUCUCUUUUACCUUACAAAACAUGAUGUGAUUAGAGCUAAUCUCAGAAAUGAGAUAAAAGAAGUUUUUGGCAAGGAGCCAACGAUAAGUUAGAUAUCAAAAGAAGAAUGGCUGGAAAAGCUAAGUCUAGAUAAAAUUUCAAGCUAAUGGAACUAUCUUAACCUGGCUGCCUAGGAAAAUCUGAGAAUUGAACCUCCAAUUAGAAGAAGCUCACCUAUGAUUAUAACUGAGGAUAUUGAGAUUCUUGGGUUGUAGAGAAAUGCAAAUGAAUGGCCUGAGCCUCUCUAAUUUAUUCCUGAAAGGUUUGAUCCUUCGUCAAAGCAUUUCUUGACUGCAGAGGGCAAAAAGAGAAAGCCCGCAAGUUUCUGCCCAUUCCUCGGAGGUAGAAGGAUAUGCAUAGGUAAAACAUUUGCUGAGAAUAUUACUUGA